UUUUUUGUACAUCUGCAUCUCAGGAACGGGCUGAGAACAACACGACACCUCUGACAUCCUUCGGAGCGACACACAUUUACGACCACACAGACAUCGGAGACACCCACCGGUCUCUCCUUUAAUGAGAUUUGGAAGCCUUGCCUUCUGCUCUGAAGCUUUACCCUCUCUGCGCCCCCUAACCAUGAGGUGACCUCCCUUGGAUCGCUCGCGAACAAGCACACCCUGGCACCGGUCGAACCUCCCUUCGCUAUGGCUCUCAAACUCUCUCCGCUGCUUCUCAGCCUUCUAUUCCUCAAGCAAGCCGCAUCCUUCUAUCUUCCUGGCGUUUCCCCCUCGUCGUACUCCCGAGGCGACCAACUUGAAGUCAACGUCAACGCCCUGACACCCUCGAUAUCGCGGCACGAUGAGCAAAUCCAUGCCGUGGUUGCCUUCGACUAUUACCACCCGGCUUUUCACUUUUGCCAGCCUGAAGGAGGACCUCAACCCAGACGAGAGUCGCUGGGGAGUAUCAUAUUCGGCGAUCGCAUUCAAAGCUCCCCCUUCCAGUUGUGGAUGGGAUUGAAUCAGACAUGCAAGAUUGCUUGUCCGGGCGACACAUUCGACGAGAGGUCAACAACCUUCGUCAAUAAAAGGAUUGAGGAGGCUUAUAACGUCAACUUCUUUGUUGAUGGCCUCCCAGCUGCCGAGCUGCGAGAAGAUCCGCUUACCCACGAACGGUUCGCGAGUCCCGGCUUUCCCUUGGGUAAAGUGCAAGAAGAUGGGACGAAGAUUCUACACAACCAUUGGGAUAUUAUCAUUGACUACCACACCGCGGGGCUUCGUGGACUCAAAUACCGUGUGGUCGGCGUCUUGGUUCAGCCGCAAUCAUACGCCGACUCUCGCCUGUCGGACGACGGCAAGGCAAGUUGCGCUUUCACAUCCGGCCCUCUCGUCCUGAAGGAAGGGGGAGGCACAUCAGUCACCUAUACGUACAGCGUUUACUGGCGACCUUCAGAGACGGCCUGGGCCACCCGCUGGGACAAAUUGCUUCACAUUGUCGACCCCAAAAUCCAUUGGUUUUCUCUCAUCAAUUCCGCCAUCUUUGUCAUCUUUCUGAUCGGCAUGGUCAGCACCGUCCUAGUCCGGGCGCUUCGCAAGGACAUUGCUCGAUAUAAUCGACUGGAUAAUAUCAACUUGGAUGAUCUCUCGGGGACCUCUGCAGUUGACGAAGACGUCCAAGAAGACUCGGGCUGGAAGCUGGUGCACGGCGACGUCUUCAGGCCGCCUCGCUAUGCACUGUUAUUGAGCGUCUUACUUGGGAAUGGCGCACAGCUUUUCGUCAUGACUGCUGUGACCGUCGCAUUCGCUAUGUUAGGCUUUCUUUCACCCUCCAACCGGGGUUGGCUUACGUCUAUCGGUCUUCUGCUCUACACUAUCUUUGGGUGUAUUGGCGGGUACGUGUCGGCGCGAGCAUACAAGAGCUUUGGUGGCGAGAAAUGGAAACUCAACAUUGUGCUGACUCCUGUUUUCGUCCCUGGCAUUGUAUUUGGGACAUUCUUCCUGCUCAACCUCUUCGUCUGGGCGAAAGGAGCGAGUGGCGCAGUGCCGUUCACGACGAUGCUGGCCAUUAUCGCCAUAUGGUUCCUCAUCAGCGUGCCGUUGAGCGUGGCUGGGUCGUGGUAUGGGUUCAAAUCGCCAGCCAUCGAGCCACCGACGAGAGUCAACCAGAUUCCACGACAAAUUCCGCCCGUGGCACGCUCUUUGCGGCCGAUCCCCUCCCUUCUGCUCACAGGCAUCCUCCCGUUCUGUGCCAUCUUUGUGGAAUUGUACUUUAUCAUGACAUCGCUCUGGACGAGUAAGAUCUACUACAUGUUUGGAUUUUUAUUCAUCUGCUAUGGGUUGAUGGCGAUGACGUGCGCGUGCACCACCAUCCUGCUGGUGUAUUUUUUGCUCUGCGCCGAAGAUUAUCGCUGGCCGUGGAGGGCGUUCUUUGGCGCGGGCAUGACUGGCGGCUACGUGUUUCUGAAUGCAUUGGGAUUCUGGGCCACGAGAGUCACCUUUGGAGGACUCACCGGGGCGGUUCUUUAUGUCGGUUACUCGGCCCUUCUCAGUUUCUUGAUUGCUGUGCUCACAGGCACGAUCGGAUUUCUAUCGUCAUAUGUUUUUGUCCACCGCAUCUACGGGUCGAUCAAGGUAGACUGAGAACCAGCAUUGUCUUGAGUCGUGUAUUAUUAUGGCCUGGAGUUGGGGACAAGUGGAAGAGGAAAGAAAAAGCACACUUUGAGAAUAAGUCAAAAGAUGAAUAUCAGGAUGGGUUGUACAUUUUGAUGGGAAGGCUGGGGGAUAGUCUCGAAAGACCGACGAUCUCGGAUAGGACAUGCCGACACAGCCAGGAACUUAUAGGUAAAGUCCAACAUGUGAACCCACAACGUGUCACUAAAUGUGUUUUGCUUCACAACGAGGAACACGUAGCCAAAAGGAAAAGGGAUCAGCAAGAAGAAUAGCGGUGAUCGUCGAUUGCGCAUCCACCCCCCUUCCGCGUCUGCUGGGCUCUCUGCAACGCGCUCCUCCGCAGUGUUGUUUAUUGUCCGUCCAUACCCGUCCUCUGGUUGAGCACCCGGACGUCGAUCCGUGGGUCUCGAGUAUCGUCGACAGUGGAAUAACCAUCCUCUUUUUGUUUGUGAUAUGUUUUUCCCUGUGUCCCAUUUUCGACGGUUGCCGGAAAGGGAGGAGGCAAAACUAAAGGUGCAUUUCUUGUGGAGUAAGGUAACAGCCAACGCCGAGUGUCACCUUUGCGAACGGUUGGAAUUGACAUUGAGCACGGGCCUAAGCGUCAAAGACUGGGGUGCGCAUGGGCUCAAGACUAC